UUCAAAUCUUGCGAAUGCGCGACGCCGAUGAAGUGUCCUCUCAAGCGAUGGUGGUGUAUCGCAGCCCCGUGAGCUAUGACGCGCCGCUUAGGAGCUACUACUAUGUUAAUCCAGCCUACUUGACACCGAACCUGCACCUCUUUGGAGCCAUCAACGACCAAUGCAUCCUCGGGAUUUUGAGUUUCCUCGACGGGACUUCGCUCGUGACCGCUGGAUCGUCCUGUCGAGCAUUGCACGCUCUAUCAAACAACGAUAAUCUGUGGCUUUCUUUGUGUCGUGAAGAAUGGUGCGUGUCGCCUGAGCAUCUUGCAUUCGCCGGCAGGGUGGAAGGAAAGGCACUGUACCGAUUCGCGCAACAGCAAUUGCAACGGGUCGCCCAAGACAUUCUCCAAGCUCAACUGCACGUCCCGUCGCUUCCAUCGCACACAGUCCAAGCCCUCACACGCAGUCUUUUUGUUGGACCCCCUUGAUUUCUGAAGUAAAUGCGCUGGAUAACAGACUUUAAAGUUAUCAACUUCACACACGCAU